AAAUUUUGUUGGAAGCCGCCUUAUUUAAAAUGAGUGAGUGAACCAGGGGCGGGAGGAGCGGAGCAAAUUCUCCAAACAUAUCCUUUGUGGCUUCUCUUUGCCUUUCACUUUCUUCCCGCCAUCCAUUCGUCUUUGGAAAUUGUAACUUGGAAGCGAGGGAUUGUGGGAGUUUGAGAUUUUUUUUUUUUUCUGAUCCUCUGAACCGCUAAGAUCGAGAGAGGCUGGGGUUUGAAGCAGUGUGUGUCUUGAAGGGGAAGAAGAUAUUGAUCAGUGGCUUUAUGUUCCACUAGGCUGAGCUCUGAUAUGAAAACUGCUAGGCAGCAAAAGAAUACAGGUGAGGUUUCUGUAAAGAGCAAGGCAGAUGCAGGACUUAGUUGCACCAGAAUCAAAGCAUCUGUGAAGAAAAUUGGUGGACGGCGGAAAAAAGCAACAGGGAAAAGUGAUGCUAAUUUGACUAAAAAGGAUGAGCAUCUUGUACCUUCCUCAGCCCAAACUAUUUGUCAACAGCUUCCAGUGAAGGAAACAGGCAACUCAAAUAUUGUGACUACAGUUGAGACUGAGCUUGGACAGACACUACAACCUUCUGCAAAGAUCAGGCUACAACUUUUCCCCAUAGAUGAAGGCACUCGCACAGGACUGGAGAAGGAUGGUCAUAAUCCACACUUGGAGCUCACUCUAAGAGCUCGCAAGAAGCUAGUCUCAGUGCUGAAUCAUCUCCAUAACAAGUGGGGCAGUUCAAGUGUUGCUGUGGGGGAGCUUAUGCUUUUACCGUACAAUGUUCGGCUGGAAAAUUUAGCUGGUUACAGAAGAUGGACACUGAAAGACAGUGCUAUCAGUGCAGCAGAUGUAUAUGAAGCCAUCGGCAAACCUCUGAUUUUUCGUUUAAGGUAUGGCUGGUUCUCUGAUCUAGAAUCUAAAACUCAUAACAAGUCUCCUACAUCUAACAACAUUAGGGGUAGUUCACAAUUUGGAGACAUACAUAAAAGUUUCAGUGAAAAUGUGGAGUGUAUGAAUGGAGAUAAACAACCACUUGAGGAUAAUCUGCGAGCAAGCAACACUGCUACACCAUCAUCGCUAGGUUGGGCUGAUAGCUUAACUAACAUAAGCAUGGGGGGUUUGCUGUCUGAAGCCUCUCUACAGGGGAACGUUAAUCGAUGUGAUCCAAUGCCAAUUGGGGGAUCAUCUUUGCAGCAGCUUCCAUUCAGCUCUGAUUCAUUUGAUGCUGCUAUAGCUGCUCAUAUAUAUGGUCGAUCUCAAGGCUCAAUACCAUCUUCUCAUGUGUCACACUCGUCGAUCUUUGAUGCAGAAGAAACUUGCCAUGCAUUUCCAUUUCAAAAAUUCUGUUCAUCAGGAAAAGAGUUUGUGGCUGCAUCUAGAAGUGGAGCUUGUAGUCAGGAUGCAAGUCUCAAGCCAUUCAAAUUCCCCACUUUGGUUGAGGAGGAAGCACAAACUGGAAGCACACAGGAUCAGACUGAAGAACCUAAAGCAGAUUUACUGCUCCAAAGGCAAGGAGCAGAUAAUGGUGAAAACAGCCUUGGGAUGCCAGACAUCAAUUGGAGUGAUUCUUUGUGGUCCCCGGAUCUGAGCUUAUCAUCAUCUCGGCAAAUCAUCAGUGGAGAUAGUAUCAACUUCAGCAGUUUGUUAUCUAGCAGUCUUGAUGCAUUUCAAAGCCGUUCAUUCUUUCUAAGGGAUGAAAAAGUUCCUCCUACUUGAGGAAAAAGAAAUAGAGACAACACAAGCUUUCUGAUGAAAAAUCAUCGACACUGAUGAUAUGUUAGGUUUUAACAGAACGCAUAGCAUGAUUAAACCUUUGCAGGCAGUACAGUGGUAACUCUAGGAAAAAUCAUAAUUUUUUCAACAGAUUUACACUUCACUGUUGCCUAGAAAUGCAGUAAUUCUUCAGGCAACAGGCAGUGUAACUGUGUAAUUUAAUGGUUAUGGUGAAGAUUUGUGGUAAUGCUUUUUCGAUGGUAUAUACUUGAAGCAAACACAGUUUGGCACAAUAGAAAAUGUGUCUAAUUGACGUGGAAUACUUACUGUAGAUUUCUAAUGUGUCAUAUGUGGAUAUAUGUAUUGACAUGUAUCUCUUUUUACUUCUAAAAUGUAGAUAAAGACACGUCUUCUUUAGCAUA